UGAGGAAGUUGCAACAUUGCUUCAGCCAUUUGAUAUUUUGAGAACUGAAAUGCGUCAGCCCUUGAGGUUACAUUCAGAUUGUAAUCACUGUACAUCAGGACUGUUUGUAAGUCAUCAGUCCGACUCGGAACCGUGCUGCUUUUUGCUGAAGUAAUGUAUCCGUGAUUAGGACCGAGCGAAACUCCUGAAAGCAUGACGACUGCUCGAUAUAGGCCCACCUGGGACCUGGCUCUGGACCCGCUGGUGUCCUGUAAGCUGUGUCUUGGAGAAUUCCCUCUGGAACAGAUGACCACCAUCACGCAGUGUCAGUGCGUGUUCUGCACGCUGUGCCUGAAGCAAUAUGUGGAACUUCUCAUUAAAGAGGGCCUUGAAACUGCUAUUAGCUGUCCAGACUCUGCCUGUCCAAAACGAGGACAUUUACAAGAAAAUGAGAUUGAGUGCAUGGUGGCGUCAGAGAUAAUGCAGAGAUACAGGAAGCUGCAGUUUGAAAAAGAGGUGCUGUUGGACCCAUGCCGGACAUGGUGCCCAUCAUCAUCGUGCCAGGCCGUGUGCCAGCUAAAGGAGGCAGACUCCGCCCGGCCGCAGCUGGUACGCUGUGGUAACUGCACGCUGGAAUUCUGCUCUGCCUGCAAGGCCAGCUGGCACCCAGGCCAGGAGUGCCAGGAGAACCCGCCCAUCACCGCCUUUCUGCCUGGCGAGAGCAGCUCUUUCUUUAAGAGUGAUGAUGACGACGCUCCGAUCAAGCGCUGUCCCAAAUGUAAAGUGUACAUCGAGCGAGAUGAAGGUUGUGCCCAGAUGAUGUGCAAGAACUGCAAGCAUGCUUUCUGCUGGUACUGCCUGGAGUCUCUGGACGACGACUUCCUCCUGAUCCAUUACGAUAAAGGACCCUGUCGCAACAAGCUGGGCCACUCCAGAGCCUCCGUGAUUUGGCACAGAACGCAGGUCAUUGGCAUCUUUGCUGGGUUCGGCCUGCUCUUGCUGGUAGCGUCUCCGUUCCUGCUGCUGGCCACACCGUUCGUGCUGUGCUGCAAGUGUAAGUGCAGCAAAGGGGACGACGACCCCUUACCAACUUAACGGACACCAAGACUGCUAUCUCCUUUUGUUUUCUUUUUUCCUCUCCCCCACACACUCCAGCUUGGAGCGCAUUUGAAGCCAGCGCUGUGACACAUCUCAUGCCACAACUUGGCUUGGUUCCAGGAGGCAGAUAGCAGGCACGCUGGCAUGACGACACCAAGCAAGACCUUACACAUGUGCUGGAUGUAACGCGGUACAUGGGAGCGGUGGAGUCGCCAGUCGUGCACACUCGGGGUGUUCUGAUUCCUCGGGGAUGUGACUUGUUUAGCUUGAUGCCUGUUCUAGCUGGGGGUUUUGGGAUAUAGUGGAUCUGCUUGUGGAGGACUCAUUAAUGAAAUACAUACUCACACUGUACUCCGUGUGCGUAUAGUAGCACUUGGGUCCUUCAAUACUUUACCGGUUUCUCACUCUUAACCUGGACACACAAGGGGCUCUUUGGUCACUUCAUAGCUUGCUGUGUGAGUCGGGUCUUUUCAUCAAAUGUACAGCAUGGUCUUUCCUUUAUCAUGUUUUCUUGUUCUAAGUAACACAAGGGUGAGCUCACCCAACUCUCACAUCAGCAUUGCUGCUAUUAGCAGGAGAGUCUCUGUUAAUAUGUUACAUGCCAUUACCAAACUAAUUGCAAGUAGAGUUUUGGUUCUUCUUCUGUCUCAUUGGAUCAGGUUAGGUUAAGUUUUCUUACAGCAUGUGAAAUUCCUCACAAAGCACUUUACCAAAUUCACCGAAGCAUGUCGUGAAACGGCCCAAUAUCACGAGCACCAAAAAUAUUUUAAAUCAGCAAUGUUCAAACCUUCUGGCCCGCCUUUAAACAGAUCCCUGGAAAAGAGCAGUGCAACCAGUGCCACAAUUAUUGUUACAGUCCUCCUCUCGGUGUGUAUUAAACAGUGCUUAUGUAACAACAACAACAAAAUGUACAGCCCAAUAUAUCUCGAGUCAGAUGGUUGGAAACUUGCAUGUGCAUUUCAUUGGUGUGACUUGAAACAGGAAAUUUCCAUCAAAAAAUAAUGCAGUCACUGUAAUUGUGGCAGGGAUUAUAAACUCUGGCUGAUUUCAAGACUGUUUUGAUUUGUCCUAAUUUAAGUCUAGUGCACUAUCUAUGCAAGUUUGGACCACUUGGAGAUGUGGUCUGUGCGAUCUGUUUGUCCUGCAGGCAAAACAGCGCCUCCUAUGAGGCAUGCAGACAUGAAUAUUACAGAUGAGUGUCUGGUUCACCUUCCUAUCAAAUGCUUUAGAAGCCUGUACCUAUUCUUAGUUUAUUAUAAUCAUUUUUGUCAUGAUGUGCACUUAAAUGGGGCCAUAUGUAGUCAAGCUCCUUCGCCAUAUCAUUUAUUUUAUAUUAUUAUUAUUAUUUUUUUUAAUCUGAAUUCAUCAUGUCAAGGAUAAGAGAACGUGUCAAUGUAGCUGGACAGUAUGUAGCUCACUCGAGCCAUGUAAAUCUCUUCCUGUGUUCCCCCCAGUAAAGCUGCCAUAUUGGGGGAAUAAUCUAAGUAUCUGUCUUUUUAUUGCACAUCCAUUCAGUAGUUUCUUAUGUUAGAGCCUUUUCCACAUUGCUAAUGGGUUAAUGCCGUUCUUCAGUAGCUAUCAGCAUUGACAGUUUUUAGCCUUAAGUUCUGAGUACCUCACUUAUUCCUUCACUCUUGUAGCUUUGUUUUCUAUCAUUUAUUCUCAGGUCUACCUGAACGAACCAGUUUGUCGCUGAUGUUUUUAAUUUUAGAUUUAGAUAUCAUUUCAGGGUGAUCCAUGGACGAUGAUUGCGCCAAGCAACUUCUUAAAAUGCUAAGAGAAUUUCUUGACGUACACACAUUUUUGGCCCCCUUGAUGUUCUGUGAUCCAAAUUUUGUCAUGUGGCUGACUCGCGUAAAUGCGUCGGUUAACUGUCAUAUUUUUUUUUGCAGUGCGUGUCAAUCUUAGCAGCUGAAUUUCUUGAAUCUAGUCAUUAGUAUUUGACUAGUAUUUCCGAUUAUAAGAUUACAGCAAACAAAGUAUAUGAUUCGUAGAAUUGUGUAUGAACAGAUUUGAUCAUUUCAAACUUGACAGUCUUGUUCAAAGACUUGGCAGAUAAUUUUUCUAAUUUUACAUGUUUAUUUCUCAUCUAAACAUCUAAAACCAGGCUGAAUAUUUCGAAUAAUUUCAUAAGAAAUGUUGGUUAACAUUUGCCCAUGUUCAAAAUAUUUUCACUUGCGAAUUUUUUUUCUACUUUUUUUUAAUCUUCAGCACUUCAGAGGUUUUGAAUGCGCGCACUGACUCCACUGUGACCGCAUUUAGGUGGUUACAUGUUCAUCUUUUAUUCUUCAUCACUUUUAAUUAUCUCUCAAAAUUCCAGAAGUCACUUUCACACACAACAGGCAACAGUUAUACAGAUCUACAUAUGUAGGAAGUAACUCCUUUUUAUUUGUUCAGCAAUGUGGUCUCUCUCUGACAGCUUGGAGAGAGUUUUUGUACAGUUUUACAGUCAUGGUUAUCUUUUUAUUGCAUGCCUAUAGCUCUUUUUGUAGCGAUUUUAGUUUUUUGUGAGAUUUGUCUGUAACGCUCCAGCUUUGCCUACUCCAGAUCUUUUUCACCUGUACACUUGCGGAGGAGGAGAGAAAUGUAUGACCAUUUGUUAUGUAAUUUGGGAGUGUUUGUAACCUUGCUCCAGAAACUGCUAUUAGAUUACUUUUAAUGUGUAAUUUUGUUUGUUUUUGAUACAUCAUAGAAAUAAAUAUUAAUUGUAUUUUCUGAAUAUCAGCAAAAAAAAAUGCACACCCCCUUUCAUAGGACGGUAAACUUGUACAUUUGCAUGUGUAAAAUUCUACAUAAAAAGGAAAUUAUAGUUUCUUCCCAAAAA